UUUCAAGAAACGUGCCGGGUUCAUCCGUGCAGUGAUUUCUUGGUCGUGCGCUUGGGUGGGAGGUGUUAAAAGUUGUGCUGAUAUUCUUUGUGGAUACAUCAACCGUAGAUUUUGAUGAAAGAUGGAGACACUUCUUGAAAUGGGGUUUCCAAAAAACAGAGCAGAAAAGGCUCUUGCCAUGACUGGACACAAGGGAGCUGAACCUGCAAUGGAAUGGCUCCUGUCCCACUCGGACGACCCGACCAUUGAUGACCCCAUCCCAGAGGAUGCUGCUACGGCCGAGGGUCAGGGGGAGCAGGUUCAAAGGGUUCUAACUGCGGAAGAAAAAGCUCAAAAAGCGAAAGAAUUGGAAGAGAAAAUCAAGGCGAGAAGAUUAGAGAGGGAGGAAAAGGAGAAAAGGGAGGCGAUUGAAAAAGAGAAGAAUAGGAUGGCUACAGGGAAGCAGAUUGUAGACGCCAAGAGACGAAUGGAAGAGUUGGAGAUGAAGAAAAUCGCAGAGGAGAGAAGGCGAGAGAAGAUUGAGGAGCGGCUGGCCAGGGAACGGGUCAAGAAGCAAAUUGAGGCUGACAAAGUGGCGCGGCGACAGAAGUUCGGAAUGGAGACGCCAGAGGGUGCGGCGGCUGCAGCGCCCCCGGCUCCGGCUGCGGCUGCCGCCCCUGCCGCCCCUGCCGAGGCGCCCGCCAAGAAAGAGUACUCCAUGACCAGACUACAGAUCCGGCAGAUGGACGGCUCGGCGCUCACCACCUCGUUCGCCGCCAAGGAAGCGCUGGCGGCCGUGCGGCUGUACGUGCAGAUGAACCGCACCGACGGCUCCGGCGAGUUCACGCUCGGCACGGCCUUCCCGCGGCGCGUCUUCACGGCCGAAGACUACGAGAAGCCGCUCGACUCGCUCGGUCUGGUGCCGUCGGCCGUGCUCAUCAUCUCGCGGCCGGCGUGAUGCCGUCCGGGACGCGCCGCCGCCGACGACGUCAGCUGGGGAUUGGGCGCGGCCGGCGCCUCUGGCCCGGGGCGGCGGCCCGAGGCCGGGCGGAGACACGCCGAACCCGUGUCAGCUGCCGCGCGCCCAGAUCCGUCAGCUUUUAAGUGCCCUUGCGUAUGCGUUGAAGCAUGCGUCGACUGACUGUACUUGUCCCGGAAUGACCAAGUUCGAUGACAAGUUGGACGCAUGCCGCAAACAAGCGUUACAUUUCCAGGAGCGUUGUGAUUGCCGUGCUGUGGCUGUUCCGCGCUGCUGUGGAAUGAAGCCGUCGAACCGUUGUGCUGCUGCCGAACACGACACAAACACAGACGACGACAUUGGAACAUUUAGUUGCUUGAGUCUCGAAAUACAGGUAAUAUCAAUCA